AAGGGCUCCCUCAGUUUCACCCGAUCUCUCUCAAGGGGAACUAGCCUUCGUUUAGCCAGCCGCCUUUCGGUGUCCAAAUUAUCCAAAUUGAACUGAGUAUGCCUUUGCCCAAGUAGCAAGUACUCGCUCAUUCAUACCCCAGUUCAAACACUGGGCAAGGCUCUAUUCCCGUUCCCGUGUUCUGCCGUCGAACAGACAAACCAAAGACACAUUCUACCCGCAACCAGCCAACCGCAAAAUUCUUGCCAAACAAAAUAAAGAAAACAAGAAGAACUAACUUGGUCGAAGCUGAGCUAAAGCAAAGCCAAGCGGCAACGGAAAUUGUUAACCUUUGGGGAUAUCAAACAUUUACGAUUGCGUGGCAGUGGUAGCGGCAGCGGCAGCAACAUUUAAGUUUUUAUCAGCACAAAAUAAAGUUUUGGUUUACGGAUUGUGUUCCAGGCCCGCACCUCGAAGCCCCGAACCCCCCUCAGCCAACCCGCGCAUUAUUUGGCCAAAGCCAGCCACAAGUGCCCAGGAGCAGUAGUGGCAAGAAAGGCAGCAGGAGCAGGAGCAGGAGCAAGAGCUGGAGGAGGAGCAGGAUCAGGGGCUGAAGGGUCGUUCGUGUUGAUUCUCGGGCACGCAGAACUUUUAUUCUUUUCAAUUUCGUUUUUCUUGGCGAGUACUUCUAAGGGAUUUAAAUUUCUGUUUGCUGCCGAGCAGCCAACAAAGCAACCGUGGGAGCGAACACGUCGGCCGCCUGGGGACCAGGAGUUAUGCUGAAUAAAAGAAAGUGCUUUGGAGCUUCGCAACCCAACACAAAUCCGGUAGCACCCUUGAAUGCCGUCGAGGCUAAUGACUCAUAUUUGGGCAUGGAAGAUUUGUCUAGACCCUCAAAUAUCGUCAACGCAAGCGACACGCUAAUAGGCUUGGAAGAUAUGGCUCACGGGACAAAUGACGAUGGCAUACCUUUUAUUUUGGUUGAUGGUGCGGCCUACACCACGCGUAGUAGUCUGGACCUGGCUCUUAGCCGAGUAGAGCAGAAGAGAAUGGAUCAGAUAAUCAUGCAAAUCGAUAGCAGUGACCUUCCCCAGAUUGAAGAUACAGGGCCACCUCCAGAACUAGACAUGGACAUCAAUCUUAGUUCAGGAGCACUGGCACAGCGAAGAGCUGCGGAGGAUGAGCGACGAUUUCAGAAGGAUAUAAGCGAGCUCACCUUUUGGCCGCCAGAAACUGAAGAAACCGUCACCACUCCCACCACCCAAAGCCAUAGCUCCAUUAGCAGCAUGGAGCAGGUUAUCCUUAAGCUUGACCAGAUGCGAGGUUCGACAAAGCAGGUUCCACCUCCGAGCACGGAGACACCUGUAGCCAAGCUACCUGUGCGUCCCGGCAUCCAGCGACAGGGCACCUUUGAUAUCAAGCGGAAUAAGGAGGGUGAUAGGGAUAAGGGUCCCGAUAUAGCCAUUAUAUGCCCAGCUACCUCAAAGAAUUCCCAAUUGCACAAAACUCUAUACCAGGCAGGGAUCCCCAGCCUUAUAAGCCGAAAGCACCCUUCAAAGUCCCCGGGGAAUGAGUUUAUUACUGUAAGAGCCGGGCAGCUCAUCAAUCAUAUAGGUGAUCACUUUGUGGAACUCUGCCGUUUGUACGAGGAAGAAAACAACAGAGUGCUGAAUGAGGGAUCCACCUACACCUAUUUGGUGACGAUUAGUCCCGCUAAUGGAGCCUCCAACUGCACCAUCGACCCGAUUUCAGAUUCUGAAGUUAACUACCUUUGCUUGUCUCGGAAUUCAUUAUCAUCCCAUACGAUUUCUAAUCUUAAAUGUUCAAAAUCGGAGCUAAGUACUAGCGUUGUCGGAAGGCACUCCCCUGCGGCAGGUCCUUUAAAGCACGGUGCCAAAGUGACAUAUACCGAAGAGCGUGGCAGGUCGCAAUUUUUGCGUAAGACGACAUCCUCUAUAGUUAAUAUUGCAUCCCCUGCGAAAUAUUACCAAGGCAGGAAGAGAGAUUGAGGUGAACGAAUGGGAUUUUAUUGACAAUUUUAUAGUUGUUUGUCAAAAUUAAUUUAAAUAAAAGAGUUUUCAAGAAACUGCGCUUAUACACGCACUUUAAA